AUGUCUCACCAGACAAAGCAGCCCACCCCGCAACCCCCAGUGGGCAGCGGGAAAACCUGCGGCGGCGGCGGCGGCAAAUCCGGCGACGGCGGCUCCGGUGGUUCCGAUGGCGGCUCCGGUAAAAGCGUCAAGUCCUCCGGGAGCUGUGGCAGCUCCGGCGGCGGAGACUACUUUGCUGGUGGCGGCUCCAGCUGCGGCGGGGGAUCCUCCGGGAGCGACGGCUCUGGAGGCGGCAGAGGAGGUUCCGAUGGGAAGAACUCCAGCGGCGGCGGUUCCACUGACCAGAAGGUCCAGGGCCAGAGCUACGGAGGCGUCUCUAGUGGUGGCUCUUCCGGGGACGGCUCCGUUUGCGUUGGCGGCUCCUCCGGAGGCGGCUCCGGGGGUAGCCAGGGCGUCCCGGUCUGCCAUCAGACCCAGCAGAAGCAGACGCCUACCUGGCCAAGCAAAUAA